UUCUUUUUGAGUUGUCAUCGAAAAAUAUUCGAAUUUUCUUUUAAGUAAAAAAUUAUUAUACUUUUGUAUAAAUUUUUUAAUAAUUAUUAUUUACUUUUAUUAAAACUCUUGACCGAUCAAAUGACCACACGUUGGGACGAGGAAGGGAGCAUACUUUUUAAUUCAUGUACAGUAAUGUAGUUAUGUAGACACCUUUGGACAGGAGUACUAUUAUACACUGUACAUCCAAAAAUAGUAUUGAUGUGACUGCUUUAAUUGUAAGUUCCACUCGUUCCAUUUAUACCAAUUUUAUUUUAUUUUCUUUUCCGCCAAACACUCCUUUGUGGGACCCACUGCUAAGUCAAAGCUGAGCUCCACUAUAAAAGGCAGCAGCCAGUCAAUUCUCUUCGCUUCUUUUCUCUUCUUCGGCGGAAGAGAUCUCAAUGCCAUCGGAAACCCUCCUUUUCCGUUCAUUUCUCAAUCGGAAUCCUUCUCAACUCUGAUUACUGUUAGCGUUUCUUCUUCUCCGAUGUCUGCUCCGGCGGUGCGAUUCCAGAUCUCCGCGGCGGCGAGAUUACUCGGCUUCGCAGUGGCAUCGCUCGUGCUAGUAUGGGCUGUACGUUACAGAGGCGGAAUGGCGCUCGCAUCAGAGAACAAGAUUCUCAUAUUCAAUGUUCAUCCUGUGUUAAUGGUGGUUGGACUUGUGGUUAUGAAUGGAGAAGCCAUGCUAGCAUACAAGACUCUCUCAGGGACGAAAAAUUUCAAAAAAAUCGUUCAUCUUUCCCUGCAAUCAUUAGCUUUCUUUACGAGCAUUGUUGGACUAUGGGCUGUUUGGAAGUUUCACAUUGACAGAGGAAUCGAUAAUUUCUAUAGCCUCCACUCAUGGCUCGGUCUCCUUUGCAUUUUCUUGUUUGGCAUUCAGUGGGCCUCCGGAUUCGCAACCUUUUGGUAUCCUGGCGGAUCAAGAAACCGCCGAUCCAGUUUGAUGCCUUGGCAUGUAUAUUUUGGCAUUUAUAUCUAUGGAUUAGCCGUGGCCACGUGCAUUACUGGGUUCGUGGAGAAGAUUCAAAUUUGGUUCGAGCUCUCGAUUCGGCUGUGUAAACAAGUUCAAUCUCCCGCGAUACUCGUUCUCUAAGUCGAAUCGAGAGUUCAUUUUUUAUUCUAUAUGAGCAAAAGUUUACACAUAAUAGGUAAAGUAUGAUUAUUUAUUUUCGAUAUGUCUCUGCUUCAUGUUAAAUGGUAAGUAACUAAACAUGACCUUAAUUGACUGUCGUUAGCCUCAGUUUAUAUUUUCAUCGUAUUGAAAUUUUUUUAUUAUUUUCAUUUAUUUAUCUCCAGAAGGUCAAUUGUUUGAUUUAUUUGAUUUGAAUUUUGAUCGAAGCUGUAUUUGGAUGGUUACUGUUUUUGUUUACUAGUGUGUUUAAUUUCAGCUUUUUUCAUUUUUUCCCUUUUUAGACAACGAAAUAUAUUACUCCCUCCGUCCCAGAUACUAUGUCGCAGUUUCUAUCCAUUCCACAUACCAUGUCACUUUCAUUUUGGAAAAUGAUUGCACACUUUAAUCUCAUUUUAAAUUUUUUAAUUUAAAUUUUUUUAAUUUUAAUUAAACUAAUUAGUUAUCUUAAUCUUAAUUUAUAAUUAUUUAUAU